UCUCUCAACAAAACGUUGUUGGAGCAGGCAGUUUUCUGAAUCAAGUAGUAAAGCAGCAGCCUUUUACUGAUGCCAUAGUUGGUUUGUCUGCUGUGCUUCGUUCUGAAGGCAGUAUUCUAGAGAGUUUUCCGCUUUAAUACAGUGAUCACCACUGGAUCGUGAUGGCUGCAACCAAAGAUGCUAUUGUCGUCUGCUUGGACGUCGGGCCAGGCAUGUGCCAACCAACAGAGUCUGGGACUGAUCUAGAUUUGGCUGUAAAAGUGCUGAACAUGGUGGUGCAGCAGAGACUGUUCUCACAGUCCAAGGAUGAAAUAGGCCUGGUGCUUGUUGGCACGAACGACACGGACAACGCCCUGGCGAACGAUGGUGCUGGCUACGAGCACGUGAGCACAGUUCGCAGCCUGGGGCAGUGCGAUUGGAAGUUUCUGCAGUAUCUGGAGGACAAAAUCGUGCCUGGUGAUGAUGGUGGCGAUUUGGUGGACGGCCUAGUGGUGGCGCUCGACCUUCUGGCCAGGGAGACGCAGGGCAGGAAGUGUAAUCGCCGGAUUCUGAUGAUCACGAAUGCUGGCAGUCCGUGCAGUGAGGAUCAGCUGGAUGCAAUCGUUCAGGGAUUUGGUCAAUUAGACUGCCAGCUGCAGAUAGUAGGACCUGAUCUAGAUCAAGACGACGAUGACGGCGAUGAUCAGCCACCUGUGCAUCGUGGAAAGAAGACUCCCAUGCAAGUAGCGGGAGAAGCCGUUCUAACACGUGUUCUGCAGCAGGCAAGCGGCGAGUCUGUCUCGUUUCAGAACGCCAUCGAGGUGCUUAGUUUCUUCAAAAAACGGCAAACAAAGCAGACGUCCACUUUCCGUGGGUGCAUUGAGAUCGGUUCCGAUACGAAGAUCAAUGUGUGGUCGUACCUGCGCGUGAAGUCCGUCAAGCCGUCAAGCUUCAAACGCAUGUCUGCCGUCAGUCAAGCAGCUGCUCAGCCUGGUGCCAUGAAGGUAAUGAUGGACAGAUCAUAUCAUCUAAAUGACGAGGACGAGACAGAGGUGGAGAAGGCAGAUCUGGCGAAAGGCUAUCGGUUUGGUAAAACCAUCGUGCCCAUGUUGAAGAUUGACGAACAAGCCAUGAAGUUCACAACGACGAAGAGCAUGAAAGUGCUCGGUUUCACAGCGGCACAGAAUGUGAAGAUACAGAACCGUCUGGGUGAUAGCGUCACAGUGGUCGUGCCUGCACCCGGUGACCAGCACGCUGCUAUAGCUUUCUCCGCUCUGGUACACGCACUGGCUGAGACCGACAAGAUGGCAGUGGUACGGUAUGUGGCACGUGCCAACUCGGCACCCAAGAUCGGUGUGUGCUUCGCUCACAUUCGGCCACUGUACGAGUGCCUGAUCUUCACGGCUAUGCCGUUCAUGGAGGACAUACGCCAGUACACGUUUGCGUCGCUGACCGGCAAGCAGGUUACUACCGAGCAGAGCGACAUCAUGGACAGUCUGAUCAGCAACAUGGAUCUGUGCAAUCAAGUGGACGAAGAUGGCGACACGUACGAGGUACUGCAAUCCAAGCACAUGCUCAACCCAGUCCUUCAACAUAUCUUCCAGUGUGUACAGAGACGGGCGCUGGCGACCGACGAACCUCUACCGGAGCUGGAUGCUGUGCUAAGAGCGUACCUCGACCAGCCACAACAAGUGGCAACGGAUUGCACGGCCGAACUGAAACGCAUCAGCGAGAUUUUCAAGCUGGAAGUCGUGGAGAAGAAGCGAAAGCAUGCAGAUGAUGGCAGAAGUGCCUGGCAGCAGAGUGACCUGGCAUUGGAUGCCGAUGCACCCGCUGCGAAGCGUACUAAUACAAGCGCAGAUGGUAACAAUGUUUCCCUUGGCAUUACAAUGGAGGAGCUGACUGCCGACGGAGUGACUGAAGUUGGCACCGUCGAGCCAGUCAAGAAUUUCCGCGCCAUGCUGAAUCGACGUGACGUCGAUCUGUCGACAAAAGCAUUCGAUCAGAUGUCUGCGAUGGUGCUCAAGCUGGUGCGUGAUUCGAUUUCUGACCAGUUCUUUGCCAAGGCGCUGGGUUGCCUACGGGAGCUGCGUGCAGCUUGCAUCGAGCUCUCUGAAGUGGAUGUCUUCAACAGCCACAUCCGUACGGUGAAGCGUGACUUCUCCGUGGGAAGCAACUCUUUCUGGAAUCUAGUAAGUAGCAAUGGGGUGACACUCAUCAGCAGUGAUGAGGCAAGCAGCAGCAAUGUGUCGCCAACGGAGGCCAAGAAGUUUAUCGAGGCCGACCAGCCGGAGUCAGUGCAUGCCACACCGGAUGACGACGUGGACGCAGACGACUUUGCCGACAUGCUGGAUUAAACGACUGAGCGUGUAUUGCUUAUACUGUGCCUCAGGAUUAUGCCGGUGUUCAGACCUCCUGUAUAUACAUUAUGAUAUACCGUGCAGUCAUGUAGUGUGGUCCUCGUUCUGUGCUCCCGCCCUCCUGUCUCACUCUUCAACAAAAGUGCAGUGAGUCACGAUGUCUGCAAAGUGUUUUCUGCCGUUGAACUUCCUUUACUAAGCGAUCAGAACUUCUUGAAAGCCCACGGAUAUGGCAUCCUGCAACUUUGUUUUUUGCAAAUGUUUUGAGUAUCAGUACAAAUACUUCGCAGUACACAUAUUCAGCUUAUUCAUAAUUUCUCCCUAGCUAGAUCAUUGGUAGCUGGUCUAUCCCAUGAAAUAUUAAAUUUUGUUAGCUAGCCUGCUAGCCCAAUGCAAACACAGCUUGUUGAUCAAUCUACGCACACUGCUGAGCAAUC